AAAUCUUUGGAAUCCAGUGGAUCAAUGUUUGGAGAUGCUGAAAUCAGUUGUGCUUAACCCUUAAUCUUGCUGUUGAAAUUCCUGUAAUGCCAGGCACUAUUUUGCUAGAUGUACACACCAUCAUUCAAGCUUUUGUAAAAUAUUUGGUAUUGAAGUAAAACAUACUAUUACAUUUUUUCUCUUUUAAUACAUUGCAAGGAACAUUUAUAUGCAGUUGAAUCUAUUUUUUUAUAUAAAUUUAGAAUUUUGUAAACAUAGUUUUGCUCCACACAUUUUACUUUUCAUCACUACAUUCUAGCCUACCAUCAAAAAUUUAUAGUUUGUCUGGUUCAUAGAGAAAUAGUACACAGGUGCGACAAUAUUUCUCAUACCAAACUUACAACUUUCAAAGAUCGUGUUGGCAAAAGCAUUUUUCCCUCUUUUUUGGCAUCUAAGCACCGCCAUGUUUGCACCUCUGACACAAGUCUUCAUUUCAGUUUUGUAUAUCACAAGAUAGGUUUCCAGAAGCCAAACCCACAUCUUGAAGCCACUUGAAUCAAGUAUCGUCACUUUUUAAUAUCUCACAAUUUCCUCAUAAUAAUUGUUAUUCAAGUUGUUAAAAUUUUCAAAAAGGUCAUACAGGAACUCCUCUGGAGGAAGUGGACGAAAUGAACACCUCUAACUCAGACUCUGAUGACUUUGAUGACACUGGCAGUUCUGUCUCUUCUACCAACAGCGAUGAUGGUGAAAGUUCUGCAGUUCAAGCCGAAAAUGAUGAAGAUGAAGGAGCUGGUGCCCAAGUAGAAGACGAAGAAGACAGUGUAAUCACCGCCAUCAUGAGGGCUCGAGACAAACCUAACGAGAAGCCUCCUGAUGUCGUAUCUGAGGAUUACCUAGUGGACAUCAGCUUCCACCCGUCCGCUGACAUCAUCGCCGGAGCCUCUGUCACUGGAGAUGCUCUCGUAUACCAGUACAGUGUAGAGAGCACGGAUCUAGUGGCUACUCACGAACUACAUACAAAGGCUUGUCGUGCCAUUGAGUUCUCGCAAAGCGGGGACCUGCUGUUCACAACAUCGGCUGACAAGAGUAUAAUGGUAACGGACUCCGCUACUGGAAAGCUCAGACAAUUCUAUGAUGAUGCUCACGAAGACCCAGUCUACACGUUGGCGGUCAUUGAUGAGCACCUGAUAGCUACAGGAGACGAGAAUGGAGUUGUUCGGAUGUGGGACCUGAGAGAGAAGUCCCAUGUAUUCUCCAGCAAGAAGAUGGAGGACUACGUGAGCAAGAUAUUGACCAAUGAGGAAGCUCGCUACCUGGUCUGCUGCAGUGGAGAAGGAACGAUCACUUCCUUCGACAUUGCAGGGAAAUGUGUCCACAUACAGUCAGAGCUGUACGAGGCAGAGCUGACGAGUGCUGCUUUGUUCCGGAAGGAGACAAAACUCGUUGUGAGUUCAACUCGCGGCUCAUUACUCUUCUACAAGUGGGGAGAUUUUGGCUUGCACACGGAUGAACUGCCUUGGGCAACCAAGCGAGCCAUCAACUGUCUCAUCCCCAUCAGUGAGAACAUUGCCGUCACGGGCUGGGAAGAUGGGCAGAUCAGGGCUACUUACCUAUUCCCGAAUAGGCAGCUGGGUGUGGUCGGCCGUCAUGACUUGUCUGUUGAAUCCUUAGACAUUUCUCACGACGGAGCCUACAUCGCGUCUUCCUCUUUGGACCAACGUCUGCGCUUUUGGCCCAUUGCUUUCUUCGAGGACCCGGACCUCCUCCAAGUGGACAAGGCCGGCAGACAAAGACACUUGCCCUCCUCCAAUGUUGUCGAUCGCUCAGAAUUCUUUGCUGACCUAGCCUAACUAUUAUUUUGUGAGUAACAUCCUAUCAAUUGUAAGAACAUCAAUUCGAUAGUGAGUAAGAAAACUAGACAUCGUCAACUGCGAUCCUCUAAUUUGUCCACUGUUCUCUCUCUCUGCUGAUUCGGUGUAGCUUCCAUUGUAUGUGUAGAAUAGUUCUGACCAUCAUGCCUGAAAACCAAGCGAUUUGGUUGUGGACAAGAACAGCAGAAAGUGCUUCUGUGUAGUUGAUCAUUCAAACGUCCUGAUUACUGACUUGGUGAAGCUAAUGUUGUGUUUGUAGAUCAGAUCAACCAACAUCAACAGUUAAAAUGUUUUUUGUUUGUUUUAUGUAAAGUCUCAAAGUGUAUAUUUUUAUAUAUUGUUGUUAACUGUACUAACUUAUUUUUAAGUAUUAUUGUUUUACAUACUCUAUUUUGUGACUAUUGUGUGUAUAGUACAUUGUUUUCAGAAAAUAAAGCAUAUAAAACUGAACUUUGAAUAAUUCACUUUUUUAGUGAAUCUACUAUCAACAUAUUUAAUUCAUGAAACGGAAAAAUUAAACAAUAUUUAUUUUUGGAGCUCUGAGAAUGCUAAUUUAAAAAUAUUAUAUAUAAUUUAGAAGCCAAUACACAAAUUAUACUACAUUAUACACUCAUAUAAAAUCACAACCAUUUUCAAAUUACCAUCAGAAAGGGCUCUAGGCUUGGAGAUUUUGAAUAAAUUUGUAAAAUUAUCCUUAACUGCCAAUAUUUUGACUAUUACAGGAUUUGAAGUAUUGAGAAACACAGAAACUCACAAAGGAGUGUGAAGGAUUUGUUGUUUGGUUAUUAAGUUUACAGGGUGAUAUUAUUAGAUGUAUAUAUUAAAAAAAAAAAAAAACUGUUUUAGAAGUUGAGAUAGGUAGGUCCAAAAAAAAAAAAAAAUUAGAUCGGAAGACAAGAAUAAAUUUUUUCUUGAAAUGUAAAAACUAAUAAAAAUUUAAUUUACUUAACUUUACUGUGAUGCUUAAAACACAAAGUUAAAAAUAAAUUGUACAAUAAUUAUAUAAAUAAUUUUCAAAAGUCUUCAAAUAUAUAAUUAUGCACAUUAUAUCUGCUCCAUGGGAUGAAAAGCCAGUACAAAAUCUGUGACAAUAAAAAAGAAGGACAUGGAAAACAAGAAGAAAAAGUGUUUGUAAAUAUUAUAGAAGUGUAGUUAAUGAUUGUACAAUAAAUAGUUCUAUGUUUGUGGA